AUGUUUAAUUUGAUAAGAUUGGGUUUCCCACGGACCUCAAUAAUCAGAUACUAUUCAAGUACUGCAGUGAAUCAAGCUAAAGUGUAUUCGCGUACUUACAAAAGGGCUGGACCAGUAACGAAAUCCUCAACAAGCACGUCAAGAUCCACUUCUACAGAUGCAUCACCUGCAUCUUCUUCACCUCCAAAAGAGAGUGUUAGUGACAUUGAGCCAAGCUCGGAAGUUCCAGUAAAAUCCACUACUUCUUAUAUCUUACAUGAUGCCCCAUUGGAAGCUUCAAACAAAAAUAAUGGUGAAACCAUCAAUUGGUCGGAUUCAUUCCACGGGUUAGGUGCUCAACCAUUUUCCAAAGAAAUUGCUGAAAUUUUGUUAGCUCCUGUGGCAGAAGAGGAUAUUGAAAUUAAGCCCGAUGGGUUAUUAUAUUUACCUGAAAUCAAAUAUCGACGUGUUUUGAAUCGCGCCUUUGGACCUGGUGGUUGGGGUUUGGCCCCAAGAACAGAGUCACUUGUCACAUCUGGACAAAUAAGUCGUGAGUAUGGGUUGAUUUGUCAUGGCAGAUUGGUCAGUAUUGCUCGUGGUGAACAAGAUUAUUUUGGUGGCGAAGAGAAAUUGACUACUGCAUUGGAAGGUUGUAAGAGUAAUGCCUUGAUGAGAUGCUGUAAAGAUUUGGGAAUUGCAAGUGAGUUAUGGGACCCUUCGUUUAUUAGACGUUGGAAAAAGAAAUAUUGCGAAGAAAUCUUUGUUGAACAUGUCAACACUAAGAAGAAAAAGAAGAUAUGGAAAUUGAAAAGCAUCAAGACUAUAGAUUAUCCAUAUAAGAUGACAUAA